AUGUCUACUGUCGCCAGAUCCGUCCGCCCCUUUGCUUCCCGGGUAAUUGCCCAGAAGCCGCUUUCCACACCCAGCAUUGCGCGAUUGUCUCCCACUCUGCGUUUCCCGCGGGGAAACACCAGAAGCUUCUCGCAGAGCGUUUUCUGGCAAGUGAAGAAGUAUACUGAGUCGCAUGAAUGGAUUGAAUUGGCCGAGGAUGGAAAGACAGCCAAAAUCGGUAUUACGGAUUAUGCGGCGCACUCUCUCGGCGAAGUCGUCUUCGUUGAGCUCCCGGAGGAAGGCCUCGAGGUUAACGUCGGGGAACCCGUUGGCGCGGUCGAGUCGGUCAAGUCAGCGUCCGAUGUGCUGUCGCCGGUGUCUGGGACGGUGAUCAAGGGCAAUGCUGUCCUGGAGGAUAAGGCCAAGUUCAUCAACGAGAGCCCCGAGGGGGAGGCCUGGAUUGCCGAGAUCGAGGUCAAUGAUGUCGCAGAGUUUGAUGCUCUGCUAGACGCAGAGGCCUACAAGCAGACUCUUGAUCUGGAGUAA